UUCCUGCACCGCGCCGCCACUUGCCGGUUGCUAAGCAGUUACCAUUGUUUCUGUGGCGAUUGCGGAGGCUGUUGCUAAUUGGAGAAGCCCCGCUGAGCCGCAGCAUCUCCCCUGUUCGGAUCCGCUCUCUGCUCCUUGCAUUUAAAGAGAAAACUAGGCUGGUCUACCCACUCGCCCUCCCCCACCCGCCCCAAAAUAGCCGUGUGGUUUCGGAAGCAUGGACUAAAUCACACCCCUCCCCGCCGAUUGGACUCUGGUGGCUCGGAACUCGCCGUCAGAUCGCACCUGCCCCUGUGCCGGUGUGCGCCCUGGACGGGGGACCAUGACUACAGCCAAGGAGACCAAUGCUUCAGGGAAAUCCGUGCAGCAGCAGGAACAGGAGCUGGUGGGGAGUAAUCCUCCACAAAGAAAUUGGAAGGGAAUAGCGAUUGCACUCCUUGUGAUUCUGGUCAUCUGCUCCUUGAUUGUCACCUCGGUCAUACUGCUGACACCAGCGGAAGAUAAUAGUCUGUCUCAGAAGAAGAAGGUCACAGUGGAAGAUCUCUUCAGUGAUGAUUUCAAAAUUCAUGACCCCGAGGCCAAGUGGAUAAGCGAUAAAGAAUUCAUCUACAGAGAACAGAAAGGAAAUGUGAUACUACAGAAUGUUGAAACAAAUAUUUCUACGGUGUUAAUAGAAGGCAAAAAAAUUGAAUCAUUAAGAGCCAUCCGAUAUGAAAUCUCUCCAGAUAAGGAAUAUGCUCUGUUUUCAUACAACGUGGAGCCAAUAUACCAACACUCCUACACUGGAUACUAUGUCCUGAGCAAAAUUCCUCAUGGGGACCCUCAAAGUCUGGACCCACCGGAAGUGAGCAAUGCGAAGCUUCAGUAUGCAGGGUGGGGCCCCAAAGGCCAGCAGCUGAUAUUUAUCUUUGAAAACAACAUCUACUACUGCGCACACGUUGGGAAGCAGGCCAUUCGUGUGGUGUCUACUGGGAAGGAAGGCGUGAUCUACAACGGUCUCAGUGACUGGCUGUACGAAGAGGAGAUUUUGAAGACCCACAUCGCCCACUGGUGGUCUCCGGACGGCACGAGGCUCGCCUACGCCACCAUCAACGACUCCCGCGUGCCCGUCAUGGAGCUCCCAACCUACACUGGCUCCAUCUACCCCACAGUGAAGCCCUACCACUACCCCAAGGCUGGAAGUGAAAACCCCAGCAUUUCCCUGCACGUCAUUGGCUUAAAUGGACCCACCCACGAUCUGGAGAUGAUGCCACCCGAUGAUCCACGGAUGAGGGAGUACUACAUCACCAUGGUGAAGUGGGCCACCAGCACCAAGGUCGCGGUGAACUGGCUGAGCCGGGCGCAGAACGUGUCCCUUCUCACCCUCUGCGACGCCACCACCGGGGUCUGCACAAAGAAACACGAGGACGAAAGCGAAGCCUGGCUCCACAGACAGAACGAGGAGCCGCUGUUCUCCAAGGACGGCCGGAAGUUCUUCUUCGUCAGAGCCAUCCCACAGGGGGGACAAGGGAAAUUCUAUCACAUCACCGUCUCAUCGUCCCAGCCCAACAGCAGCAACGACAACAUUCAGUCCAUCACAUCUGGAGACUGGGACGUCACCAAGAUCCUGUCCUACGACGAGAAGCGGAACAAGAUCUACUUCCUGAGCACCGAGGACCUGCCUCGGAGGCGACAGCUCUACAGUGCCAGCACGGUGGGCAGCUUCAACAGGCAGUGCAUGUCCUGUGACCUGGUGGAGAAUUGCACCUACUUCAGUGCAUCCUUCAGCCACAGCGCGGACUUCUUCCUCCUCAAGUGCGAAGGUCCUGGAGUCCCCACGGUGACAGUGCACAACACAACGGAUAAGAAAAAAAUUUAUGAUCUAGAAACAAACGAACACGUAAAGAAGGCCGUACAUGACCGACAGAUGCCGAAAGUAGAAUACAGGAAGAUCGAGGUUGACGAUUACAACCUCCCCGUUCAGAUCCUCAAGCCCGCGACCUUCACCGACACGGCGCACUACCCCUUGCUCCUGGUGGUGGACGGCACCCCCGGGGGCCAGAGCGUGGCCGAGCGGUUCCAGGUGAGCUGGGAGACGGUGAUGGUGAGCAGCCACGGGGCCGUGGUGCUCAAGUGCGACGGCCGCGGCAGCGGCUUCCAGGGGACCAAGCUCCUGCACGAGGUGGGGCGGCGGCUGGGCGCCCUGGAGGAGAAGGACCAGACGGAGGCCGUGCGGAUGAUGCUGAAGGAACAGUACAUCGAUAAGGCGCGUGUGGCCGUGUUUGGGAAGGACUACGGCGGGUACCUGAGCACUUACAUACUCCCAGCGAAGGGUGAAAACCAGGGUCAGCUUUUCACCUGUGGCUCUGCUCUCUCUCCAAUAACAGACUUCAAGCUCUACGCGUCUGCGUUCUCCGAGAGGUACCUGGGCCUCCACGGACUUGACAAUAGGGCAUACGAGAUGACCAAGGUGGCUCAUCGAGUGUCAGCCCUGGAAGAGCAGCAGUUUCUAAUCAUUCAUGCAACCGCUGACGAAAAAAUCCAUUUCCAGCACACGGCGGAACUCAUUACACAGCUAAUUAAGGGGAAGGCUAAUUACAGCUUACAGAUCUACCCCGACGAAAGCCAUUACUUCCACAGCGCCUCCCUGCACCAGCACCUGUACCGGUCCAUCAUCAACUUCUUUGUGGAGUGCUUCCGGAUUCAGGACAAACUCCCCGCAGCCACAGCGAAAGAGGAGGAGGAGGAGGACUGACCCGGGAGCCGGAGCCAGAGCCAGCCCUGAGCACGGCGGGGGCUCCCCCUGGAACAGUGUGCGGCCGGGACCCCGCCCCCCUCUCCCGCAGAGGCCGGGUCGGGGCAGCAAGUGUGAUUUCCAUAGCAUGUGUCCCGAAGGCGGUUUUGCUUCAGAAACCAGCUCCUUCCCAGGCCGAGACGCGUCAUC